AUGGUGGUUCUUACUCAUGAGUGUAGUGCUAUUAUCCAAAGGCUAACCAUCCCUAAGAAGCUUGAAGAUCCAGGAAGCUUUACUUUACCUUGUGCCAUUGGGCAAUUUACUUUUGAGAGGUGUCUAUGCGAUUUGGGAGCAAGUGUGAGCCUUAUGCCUCUCUCCAUUGCUAAAAGGCUUGGCUUUACACAAUACAAGAAGUGUAGACUCUCUCUUGUGCUAGCUGAUCGCUCAGUGAAGAUUCCCAUUGGUAUCCUAGAAGAUCUCCCUGUCAUGAUGGAGGUGUUAGCUGAUGAACUUCUAGAGGAGUUGGCACUUGAAGACUCUCUACAACAUGCCUUAACAAUUGAGAGAGAGGUCCAAAUGGUUGAGAACAAGGAAAGUGAUGCUUAUGUGAAGAUGUUGAACUCUCACAGGGAGAUUAGUGAUGAAGAACAGAAUGAGGAGCUUUCAUAUGAGGAUCACCAUGCUUCCCCAGCUACUCAACAAGAGAAUUUCCAAGAGGAUGAUUGGAGUGAACUCAAAGCACCAAAAGUGGUGCUUAAACCUCUUCCCCAUGGUGUAAGGUAUGCUUUCCUUGGCCCUAAUGAGACUUACCCUGUCAUAGUGAGUAGUGAGCUUAGUGAAGAUGAAUUGUCUAAACUUUUGAAUGAACUUAAAAAGUAUAGAAAG